UUUUCCUACACUCGAAGGGCUGAGGAAGUAGCUUGAGCUGUCAUAUUUCCAGCAUUUCAUUCGAACCAGCUCCUAUUCUCAUGUUUAUAAGUUCGCUUUAUAAGGGCUCUUCGGAAGAGGAAUUUUGGAACCUUGCUGAUAAGAAAAACAAUGACGAAUGUUUCACUUAAGUGUGCGGGUUCUAGUCUUGAUAGGAAAAUGCCUAGGGGAGACAAUUCCAACUUAACCCUCUGAUAUGGUUAUUUAUAGAUAAUCAAUAUACUACCACUUUUAAAAAACCAAAGCAAACUCAGCAUUCUUAGAAACCGAGGGAAAUUCCUUCAAAAACUCAUUUUGCUUCAAGUAAACGAGUGGGAAAUUGAAUUAUUAUUAUAAAAUCAAUUUUUGUUAAGAAAUAGAUCGCCAUGUCGCACACCAUCCUACUGGUUCAGCCGGGCGCCCGUCCGGAGACCCGCACCUACUGCGACUACGAGAGCGUCAACGAGUGCAUGGAGGGCGUGUGCAAGAUCUACGAGGAGCACCUGAAGCGCCGCAACCCGAACACCCCGACCAUUACCUACGACAUCAGCCAGUUGUUCGACUUCAUCGACACGCUGAUGGACAUCAGCUGCAUGGUGUACCAGAAGAGCACCAACACCUACGCGCCCUACAACAAGGACUGGAUCAAGGAGAAGAUCUACGUGCUGCUGCGCCAGGCGGCCUUCAGCCCCAACGCCUGAGGAAGGCGCCACCAGAGGAUACCAAAUAACCAGAUCAUACACUAGGGAGAGGCAUUAGCUAACUAACGAGGACAACAACACAGGACCACCAGGCCAUGGGGCGGUGACUAGAGGCCUCGCCGGGGAGAUCGCUGCUGCUCCUGACCACACCCACUACACCGACUUCGGACAGCAGCAGGCGAUGCAACACAAAGAGAACGAGAAACUGUUUAGCUUAGAAAUGAAACCCUUACUUUACACGAGCUAAUAUAAUGUAUAUACACCAACAACUGACAACUGUGUGUUUUGAGUGUGCCAUGGCGCGGCAGCCACAGGACAAGGCGAGGUGUGCUCAUAGUAGCUGUCUGCUGCAUAAAUACUCUAUGGCAACGUUUUUAUGUUUCCUAUGCUAGUUUUAGUCUAACGAGUGUCGCAUAAUAAAUCACCGGUCCCGCCCCGUCGGGACUCUAAGUAUA